AUGACACGGUCAGAAAGAGAAUGUCUUGCGAAACGCAUUGUACAACACUAUGUGAACAUUGCAAAUCGUCGAAAGAAAAUUAUUGUAAAUCACUUUUUACAAGAAAAAAUACCACGUCAAAGUAUAUAUGAUACCAUCAAAAAGUUCGAAGAAUUUGGUGCUGUUGGUGACCGAUCAAGGACUGGUCGUCCGAAGAAAUUAUCAAAACAAGAACUAACUCGAUUAAAACGCUUGUUUGAUCAUAAGGCUUGCAUUUCAUUACGUCAAGUUGUUCCAGACUUUGAUGUGCAUAUUAUAACAAUUAGUCGAAAUUUGAAAGCUAUGGAAGUUCCAACACGUGCACGCCGGUUAUACCUAACAUUGUUCAAUGGUAAUGUUGAAUUGGUGAUGGAUGAUGAAAAAUAUUUUCUGUUACAUAAUGAAUCAAUAUCUGCUAAUCGUGGUUUGUAUAUAUCUGAUUCAAAUGCUACACCACCAGCAGUGAAAUUCAAACGAACACAAGAACUCGAACCAAAAAUUUUCGUAUGGAUUGCAAUAUCCCAAAAUGGCAUUUCGAUGCCAUUCUUCAAAGAACACCAACAAGCUGUUACUCAAAUGACUUAUCUGAAUGAAUGUAUUAAACGCCGUUUAAUGCCGUUUAUCGAAGAAUAUCAUCAUAAACGAAAAGUGUUAUUCUGA